CGAGCCCGGGCUCGAGCACUAAAGUGCAGACUGCACUGUGUGCGCGCGGAGAUGAUAGUCGCCAUUUUAUUUUGAAAAAUUUAACCGAACUGGAAGGAGAGCAACCCUUUUAAUAUAUCAAGUUUGGGCGCAGAAACCAAAAGGAAUGAACAUCGCAAAUACAUUUUAGGAACCAUGUGUUGCGCAGGCGUAUGAAUCAGGAUUACUCCAGAUGCUGAACUUGAUUUUGCACUGAGGGACUUUACCUUGUAUCAAGAUCCAUUGACAGAAGAAGCUUGUUUUAAAACUGACAUUUUUCACACUUGGGGGGGGGGCAGAAGUAUCUUAUCACUGAAGUGACUAAAGGGGAAUAAUGGUGAUUUUGCGCCGGGCACGGCCGCCUGCUUCCGCCCCAACCAGCAAUGAAUCUUGACUCGCUCUCGCUGGCUUUGUCUCAAAUCAGCUACCUGGUGGACAAUUUAACAAAGAAAAACUACAGAGCCAGCCAGCAGGAAAUACAGCAUAUUGUGAAUCGUCACGGCCCUGAGGCGGACAGGCAUUUAUUACGCUGUCUCUUCUCCCAUGUGGAUUUCAGUGGUGAUGGUAAAAGCAGUGGCAAAGAUUUUCAUCAGUUUCUGAUCCAGGAGUGUGUUUCACUGAUUUCAAAGCCUAAUUUUAUUUCAACACUUUGCUACGCCAUCGACAAUCCUUUGCACUACCAGAAGAGUUUGAAGCCGUCGGCCCACUUGUUUACUCAGUUGAGUAAAGUUCUCAAGCUAAGCAAGGUUCAAGAAGUGAUAUUUGGCCUUGCUUUGCUCAAUUCGUGCAACGCAGACCUUCGUGGUUUUGCCGCGCAGUUCGUCAAACAAAAGCUCCCUGAUCUCCUCCGCUCGUACGUGGACGCGGACCUUGGCGUUAACCAGGAAGGUGGCUUCCAAGAUAUUGCCAUAGAGGUCCUGCACCUGCUCCUCUCCCAUCUUCUGUUUGGCCAGAAGGGAGCCAGUGGCGUCGGACAAGAGCAGAUUGACGCUUUCCUCAAGACACUGUGCAGAGAUUUCCCGCAGGCGCGCUGCCCUGUGGUGCUUGCACCGCUGCUGUACCCUGAAAAACGGGACAUUCUGAUGGACAGGAUUCUGCCAGACUCGGGAGAGUUAGCCAAGACCAUGAUGGAGAGUUCUCUUGCAGAGUUCAUGCAGGAAGUUGGCUAUGGCUUUUGUGCUAGUCUUGAUGAAUGCCGCAACAUAAUUCUGCAGUAUGGGGUGCGAGAGGUUACUGCCAGCCAGGUGGCCAGGGUCCUGGGGAUGAUGGCUCGUACCCACUCUGGCUUGUCUGAUGGAAUCCCCCUACAGUCCAUCUCUGCUCCGGGCAGUGGCAUUUGGAGUGAUGGAAAGGACAAAAGUGAUGGUUCUCAGGCCCACACUUGGAAUGUAGAAGUUCUGAUUGACGUAGUCAAAGAAGUUAACCCCAAUCUGAACUUCAAAGAGGUGACCUACGAGCUCGAUCACCCUGGCUUUAUGAUCCGGGACAGUAAGGGACUUCAGAUGGUGGUGUAUGGGAUCCAGAGGGGCCUGGGCAUGGAGGUGUUCCCUGUCGACCUCAUCUACCGGCCCUGGAAGCAUGCUGAGGGACAGCUGUCAUUCAUUCAGCACUCCCUCAUGAGCCCAGAUGUGUUCUGCUUCGCUGACUACCCCUGCCACACCGUAGCCAUCGACAUACUGAAGGCGCCACCCGAGGACGAUAACAGGGAGAUAGCCACCUGGAAGAGCCUGGACCUGGUGGAGAGCCUCCUGCGCCUCUCUGAGGUGGGCCAGUACGAGCAGGUGAAGCAGCUCUUCAGUUUCCCCAUCAAGCACUGUCCUGACAUGCUGGUGCUGGCGCUGCUGCAGAUCAGCACCUCCUGGCACACCCUGCGCCACGAGCUCAUCUCCACCCUCAUGCCCAUCUUCCUGGGCAACCAUCCCAACUCUGCCAUCAUCUUGCACUACGCGUGGCACGGACAGGGCCAGUCCCCCUCUAUCCGUCAGCUGAUCAUGCACUCGAUGGCAGAGUGGUACAUGAGAGGAGAGCAGUACGACCAGGCCAAGCUGUCCCGCAUCCUGGAUGUGGCCCAGGACUUGAAGUCUCUUUCAAUGCUGCUAAAUGGUACUCCAUUUGCCUUUGUUAUUGACCUUGCUGCACUUGCCUCUCGCCGUGAAUACCUCAAACUUGACAAAUGGCUGACUGACAAAAUCCGAGAGCACGGGGUGGGUGGCGAGCCCUUCAUCCAGGCAUGUGUAACGUUCCUGAAGAGACGCUGUCCCUCUAUUAUGGGUGGUCUGGCCCCAGAGAAGGACCAGCCCAAAAGCGCCCAGCUCCCCCCGGAAACGAUGGCUACCAUGCUGGGCUGUCUGCAGUCCUGUGCAGGGAGUGUGUCUCAAGAGCUCUCUGAGACUAUCUUGACCAUGGUUGCCAACUGUAGCAACGUCAUGAACAAAGCCCGCCAGCCACCACCGGGGGUCAUGCCAAAGGGACGUGCUCCCAGCACCAGCAGCCUAGACGCCAUUUCCCCUGUGCAGGUAUCGGUGUCUCCUCUCCAGAUGGAUCCCCUGACAGCCAUGGGUUCGCUGAACCUGAGCAGCUCUGCCACCUCUCACACACAGAGCAUGCAGGGCUUCCCUACCCCGCUGGGCUCUGCCUUCAGCAACCCCCAGUCCCCAGCUAAGGCCUUCCCUCCACUGUCCAACCCCAACCCCAGCACACCAUUUGGGGGGAUUGGAAGCCUCUCUUCACAGCUAGGUAACACAGGUCCGCUGGGAUCAGGCAUUGGUUCUGGUCUUGGAAUGCCAGCGGUGAGCAGCGAUCCGUUUGGGACGAGGAAGAUGAGCACACCGGGCCUGAAUCCGACCACCUUUCAGCAGACUGACCUAUCUCAGGUGUGGCCCGAGGCUAACCAGCACUUUAGUAAGGAGAUUGACGAUGAGGCUAACAGUUACUUCCAGCGCAUCUACAAUCACCCCCCACACCCCACCAUGUCUGUGGAUGAGGUGCUGGAGAUGUUGCAGAGGUUCAAGGACUCCACCAUCAAGCGAGAGCGGGAGGUCUUUAACUGUAUGCUGAGGAACUUGUUUGAGGAGUACCGCUUCUUCCCCCAGUACCCUGACAAGGAGCUGCACAUCACCGCCUGCCUGUUCGGGGGGAUCAUCGAGAAGGGUCUUGUCACCUACAUGGCCCUUGGGCUGGCCCUCAGAUAUGUCCUUGAAGCCUUAAGGAAGCCAUUUGGAUCCAAAAUGUAUUACUUUGGAAUCGCUGCUCUAGAUAGAUUCAAAAAUAGGCUGAAGGACUAUCCCCAAUAUUGUCAGCAUUUGGCCUCGAUCGGCCACUUUCUGCAAUUCCCCCUUACUUUACAAGAGUGUGUGCAGUAUAUCGAGUAUGGCCAACAGUCACGGGAUCCUCCAGUGAAGAUGCAAGGAUCCAUCACCACCCCUGGGAGCCUGGCGUUGGCUCAAGCUCAGGCCCAGUCUCAGCCUCCCAAAGCCCCCCAGUCUGGACAGCCCAGCACCCUGGUCACCACAGCUACUGCCACCACCACUGUCGCCAAAACCACUACCAUCACACGACCUUCCCCUGGCAGCUUCAAGAAGGAUGUGCCGCCCUCCAUCAACACCACAAACAUUGACACUCUGCUAGUAGCAACAGACCAAACCGAGAGGAUUGUGGAACCCCCAGAAAAUGUUCAAGAGAAAAUUGCUUUCAUCUUCAAUAACCUUUCACAAUCCAACAUGACACAGAAGGUUGAGGAGUUAAAGGAAACUGUGAAAGAGGAGUUUAUGCCCUGGGUCUCCCAGUAUCUGGUCAUGAAGAGGGUCAGCAUCGAGCCCAACUUCCACAGCCUAUACUCCAACUUUCUAGACACUCUGAAGAACCCUGAGUUUGUCAAAAUGGUCCUGAAUGAAACUUACAGAAACAUCAAGGUUCUCCUUACCUCUGAUAAGGCAGCUGCAAACUUCUCUGAUCGAUCCCUACUGAAGAAUUUGGGCCACUGGCUUGGCAUGAUCACUCUGGCAAAAAACAAGCCCAUCCUGUACACGGAUUUGGAGGUAAAAUCCCUCUUGUUGGAAGCCUAUGUCAAGGGGCAGCAGGAGCUACUGUAUGUGGUCCCGUUUGUGGCCAAAGUCCUGGAAUCCAGUUUGCGUAGUGUGAUCUUCCGACCUCAGAAUCCCUGGACCAUGGCCAUCAUGAAUGUUCUGGCAGAGUUGCAUACGGAACAUGAUCUGAAGCUGAACUUAAAGUUUGAGAUUGAGGUGCUGUGUAAGAACUUAUCACUGGACAUCAAUGACCUGAAGCCUGGCACCCUGCUGAAAGACAAAGACAAGUUGAAGAGUCUGGAGGAGCAGCUCUCUGCACCAAAGAAAGAGGCCAAGCCCCCUGAAGAAAUGAUCCCUAUUGUUAGCACAGGUAUCCAGCACUUUCAAACUGGGAUGCCCCUUGUCGGAGACUUUCUUCCAUUUGCAGCUGCACCAUCCACUCCCGCCCCAACCACCACUUGCUCAGCUACUGGGCCCCCUACCCCGCAGUUUAGCUAUCAUGACAUUAAUGUGUACGCCCUUGCAGGGCUAGCCCCUCACAUCAAUAUCAACAUCAACAUCCCCUUGCUUCAAGCCCACCCUCAGCUCAAGCAGUGUGUGAGACAGUCCAUUGAGCGGGCCGUGCAAGAGCUCGUCCACCCCGUAGUGGACCGCUCCAUCAAGAUCGCCAUGACAACCUGCGAGCAGAUCGUCAGGAAGGACUUUGCUCUGGACUCGGAGGAGUCGCGCAUGCGUGUGGCAGCUCAUCAUAUGAUGCGCAACCUGACUGCCGGCAUGGCCAUGAUCACCUGCCGGGAGCCCCUGCUCAUGAGCAUCGCCACCAACCUGAAGAACAGCUUUGCCGCUGCCCUCAGGGCCCCCACCCCCCAGCAGAGAGAGAUGAUGGAGGAGGCUGCUGCCAGGGUCGCCCAGGACAACUGUGAGCUGGCCUGCUGCUUCAUCCAGAAGACUGCAGUGGAGAAGGCUGGUCCAGAGAUGGACAAGAGGCUGGCGACGGAGUUUGAGCUGAGGAAGCAUGCCCGUCAGGAGGGCCGUCGCUACUGUGACCCUGUUGUGCUGACCUACCAGGCCGAGCGCAUGCCAGAGCAGAUCAGACUCAAGGUUGGAGGCGUAGACCCCAAACAGCUGGCAGUGUAUGAGGAGUUUGCCCGUAAUGUUCCAGGCUUCCUACCCAGCAACGACCUGUCUCAGCCCACAGGAUUCCUUGCCCAACCCAUGAAGCAACAGGCAUGGGCCACGGAUGACGUGGCUCAGAUCUAUGACAAGUGCAUGGCAGACCUGGAGCAGCACCUCCAUGCCAUCCCUCCCGCGCUGGCCAUGAACCCUCAGACCCAGGCUUUGCGCAGCCUGCUGGAAGCCGUGGCCCUAGCCAGGAACUCCCGGGACGGCAUCGCCGCUCUGGGCCUGCUGCAGAAGGCUGUGGAGGGUCUGCUGGAUGCUACCAGUGGUGCCGAUGCUGACUUGCUUCUGCGGUAUAGAGAGUGCCACCUGCUGGUGCUCAAAGCCCUCCAGGACGGCCGGGCAUACGGGCCACUGUGGUGCAACAAGCAGAUUACCAGGUGCCUGAUUGAGUGCCGUGAUGAGUACAAGUACAACGUGGAGGCUGUGGAGCUGCUGAUCAGAAACCACCUGGUCAACAUGCAGCAGUAUGACCUGCACCUGGCACAGUCUAUGGAGAAUGGGCUGCACUACAUGGCAGUGGCGUUUGCCAUGCAGCUGGUGAAGCUGCUGUUGGUGGAUGAGCGCAGUGUGAGCCACAUUACCGAGGCAGACUUGUUCCACACUAUCGAGACUCUGAUGCGAACCAGCGCCCACUCCAGGGCCAACGCACCUGAGGGGCUUCCUCAGCUGAUGGACGUGGUCCGUUCCAACUACGAGGCCAUGAUCGACCGGGCCCACGGAGGACCCAACUUUAUGAUGCACUCUGGCAUCUCCCAGGCAUCCGAGUACGACGACCCGCCGGGCCUGAGGGAGAAGGCUGAGUACCUGCUGAGGGAAUGGGUCAACCUGUACCAUUCUGCAGCCGCCGGCCGGGACAGCACCAAGGCCUUCUCUGCCUUUGUGGGACAGAUGCACCAGCAGGGCAUUCUGAAGACCGAUGACCUGAUCACUCGUUUCUUCCGGCUGUGCACGGAGAUGUGUGUGGAGAUCAGCUACCGUGCGCAGGCCGAGCAGCAGCACAACCCCGCGGCCAGCGCCGCCAUCAUCAGGGCCAAGUGUUACCACAACCUGGACGCCUUUGUGCGCCUCAUCGCCCUGCUGGUCAAGCACUCCGGAGAGGCCACCAACACUGUCACCAAGAUCAACCUACUCAACAAGGUUCUAGGUAUUGUGGUUGGAGUGUUGAUCCAGGACCAUGAUGUGAGACAGACUGAGUUCCAGCAGUUGCCUUACCACCGCAUCUUCAUCAUGCUGUUGCUCGAGCUCAAUGCCCCCGAGCACGUGCUCGAGACCAUCAACUUCCAGACCCUCACCGCCUUCUGCAACACUUUCCACAUCCUGAGGCCUACCAAAGCCCCUGGCUUUGUUUACGCUUGGCUGGAGUUGAUCUCUCACCGUAUCUUCAUCGCCAGGAUGCUGGCGCACACCCCACAGCAGAAGGGUUGGCCCAUGUAUGCGCAACUUCUCAUUGAUCUGUUCAAGUACCUGGCGCCCUUCCUGAGGAAUGUUGAGCUUAACAAACCUAUGCAAAUCCUCUACAAGGGUACCCUGCGUGUCCUUCUGGUCCUACUGCAUGACUUCCCAGAGUUCCUGUGCGACUACCACUACGGCUUCUGCGACGUCAUCCCGCCCAACUGCAUCCAGCUCCGCAACCUGAUUCUGAGUGCCUUCCCACGCAACAUGAGGCUUCCAGACCCCUUCACUCCCAAUCUGAAGGUUGACAUGCUCAGCGAGAUCAACAUCGCUCCGCGCAUCCUCACAAACUUCACCGGAGUGAUGCCCUCUCAGUUCAAGAAGGAUCUGGACUCGUACCUGAAGACACGCUCCCCCGUCACCUUCCUCUCUGAGCUCCGCAGCAAUCUGCAGGUAGGGGGCGCCACUCUGGGUCCCUGGAAGUAUUUGCAGCACAACGACACAUCUUUAGAACAGGUGUCAAAUGAGCCAGGCAACCGUUACAACAUCCAGCUGAUCAACGCUCUGGUGCUGUAUGUGGGAACCCAGGCCAUCGCACACAUCCACAACAAGGGCAGCACCCCCUCCAUGAGCACCAUCACUCACUCAGCCCACAUGGACAUCUUCCAGAACCUGGCUGUGGACCUGGACACUGAGGGGCGUUAUCUCUUCCUGAAUGCCAUUGCCAAUCAGCUGCGCUACCCAAACAGCCACACCCAUUACUUCAGCUGCACCAUGCUGUACCUGUUUGCUGAGGCCAACACUGAGGCAAUCCAGGAGCAGAUUACCAGGGUUCUUCUGGAGAGGCUGAUUGUGAACAGGCCUCAUCCCUGGGGACUGCUCAUCACCUUCAUCGAGCUCAUCAAGAAUCCCGCCUUCAAGUUCUGGAGCCACGACUUUGUACACUGUGCCCCGGAGAUCGAGAAGUUGUUCCAGUCAGUGGCUCAGUGCUGCAUGGGGCAAAAGCAGGCUCAGCAGGUGAUGGAGGGCACUGGUGCCAGUUAGUCAGCCAGCCUGCAGGAGAGAUAAUAGGGCCAAACCCGCCAUCCCUGGACCCACCCCCACAGAUGCCCCCCUACAUUACUGUUAGCACUGGGUGAACUGGCAAUGCUGAUUUUGAAGUUUGACUGCUGCUCAUGGAUCUAAGAGUUUGUUUUGGCCUGGCUAUGGAGAAGUUAUUUGGACAUGCUGUUUAAUAUUUUUAUGCUUCGAUGUAAAUAUUAAAAGGGAGAUGGAGAGCUUGAUAGUACGAGCAGAUAUGUGAAUGUAGUGUCCAACAAAUGAUCUAACAUGUAAAGACGACGUGUACACACACAUUCAGUCACAACCAAAGGUCCCUGGCUGUCUCCCUCCUACAGAUUUAAUUUUUGCAUAUUUGAUGAUUGAUUUAUUUGCAUUCAGAGGCUUAAAAGGUAGUGGAUAAAGAGGGCAGGUUUUUUUAUUUUUUAUUUGUUGAGUGGGAAAAGAAAGGCAGUGCACUAGAUUCUCUCAUGGGUUCACUCCUUUGAUCUACUUGGGGUGUGGUGGGGCAAUGGUCUUUCCAUUUUAAAUAGUGGGUUAGAGGUUCUCCCCGACACUUGUAAAAUUGUGGAAAAUUUAAGAUGGCGAAUUAAAUCUUAAAAUUUGUACAAAGAUCCAAAUUGCAGAACAACAAAAGGACCAAUACAGCCCAUUUUGUAAGGAUUUUGAAUGUUUUGUAAAUGUAUUGGUCCGUGUGUAUUUUGUAGUCCUUUAUAGUUGCCUUUAGUUCUUGCUACUUAUUUCCUGUAUGUAUGCAUACUGUAGUUAACGCAUUAAACAAUUGAACUGCAA